AUGUCUGCUAAUAACAAAAAUGAAAUUGAAAAAACAACUACAGUCGUUGACUCCCUGAUAGGUUCCACUGGAGUAGGUCAAUUGACUGUACCGAAUAAAACCCCUAAAGGAAGAGUUCGGAGUUCUUCCUCUGUUGGUAAAAUAAAUUUAGGUGAUACAGUACCUGGCUUCACCAACACAUCUGAUGAUACGAAUAAGGUUAGUCCCACUAAACUCAAUCUAUCCGAGAAAUCCACGGCCGAACAAGGUUCGAAUGUCGGAAAGGGUUCCUUAUGGAAAGCGUAUAAGAAUUUGAAUUCUCGACAUUUUUGGAUUUCUCCAUUGAUGAUCAUUUUGACCACAUACUUGGCCUAUUUCCUUUCUAAUGACCAUUCGGAAAAAAACCCGUUACAUAUGUUUGUUACCGUAUCUUAUCAAGUCGAUGAUACAGAUCAAUAUGGUAAAGGCAUUAAAGAUUUGACAUUUAUUUUCUUCUAUAUGAUCUUCUUCACAUUUCUUAGGGAAUUCCUAAUGGAUGUGCUUAUCCGGCCAUGUAUCUUGAAAUUAAACAUUAAAUCAAAGCAUAAGACGAAUAGAAUUAUGGAACAGGCCUUUUGUAUCAUUUAUUAUGGUGUGUCUGGUCCGUUCGGAUUAUAUAUCAUGUACCAUACAGAUUUAUGGUUAUUUGAAACUAAGACUAUGUAUAGAACUUAUCCAGAUUUAACGAAUUCAUUCGUUUAUAAGAUCUUCUAUUUGGGACAAGCUGCGUUCUGGGCUCAACAAGCUUGUGUUUUAAUUUUACAACUGGAGAAACCAAGAAAGGAUUUUCAAGAAUUAGUUUUCCAUCAUAUUGUUACACUUCUACUAAUUUGGGCAUCGUACGUUUUCCAUUUCACUAAAAUGGGGUUGGCUGUUUACAUUACCAUGGACAUUUCAGAUUUCUUCUUAGCUUUAACAAAGACAUUAAAUUAUUUCAAUUCAAGAUUCACACCACCAGUUUUCGUGUCGUUCAUGUUCAUAUGGAUAUAUUUACGUCAUUACAUCAAUAUAAAGAUUCUUUGGUCCGUGUUAACAGAAUUUAGAACGGAAGGUAAUUAUGUUUUAAAUUUUGCAACACAACAAUAUAAAUGUUGGAUUUCAUUGAUAAUCACAUUCAUUUUGAUAUUCGCUUUACAGUUAGUUAAUCUCUAUUGGUUAUUUUUGAUCUUCAGAAUUUUAUAUCGUAUGGCAUUUCAAGGUAUUCAAAAAGAUGAAAGAAGCGAAAGUGAUACCGAUUCAGAACAGGUUCAAGAACAAAAACAACAAGCAUUAGAAGAUAUUGAGAGAAAAUCUUGA